UUCUCUCUCAAUUGAAGCGUUGCGUCAGUGUAUCGCGAAGACAGCUUGAUGGAUGUUAGCAGUCAACCCUACGAAAGGUUAUAGCCAUCCCGAAUCAAAGAAUUCUGUAGCCAUUGCGAGAGAUUUUUUUUGUUCUUGUUGUUUCUGCUUUAGCGAAAUUUGGAAUACACUUUAUUUGUGAAAAGUGGAGAGAAGACUUCCCCAAUGAAUACUAACUAUGACAACAAUGAUACUGGAUUCGCUUCGGGGAGCGGACAAGAUGAAAUGGACUUACCUUUCCCUCUUUUCCUGUACAAUCAACAUGGGAAUGAAAUUCAUGAUGAUCAAGCAGAUGAUCUUGAUGCCCCAUCUCACCUCCAUGCUAAUCCACACUCAUCUUGCACCAACCAAGGCCAUGUUCCAUACGGUAAUCUCUCCUUCAGUGGACCUUCCUACCACCAGCCACCCUCUGAGGAUUUUUUUGCCUGCCCCCACCCAGAUUUAAGAGACCUUCUUGGGCACUCCCUCCAAUCACACUCUGGAGCUCUUCCAGCUUCCAGCCCCAGGAUCGAGAUCACCUGCCCAGACCUGCACCACCAUCAGCGUGACCACGUGCACACGGCACCGGUGGACAUCAACCGCCGUCUGGCCGUACCUCCUUACCAGAACCCCAUAUACCGGGAGAACCUGAGCCCGGCAAGCAGCAACUCCUCUACCAGCUGGCAGUCGGAGGUGUACUCGCCCCAGCCCUCACCCCAGCCCUCGCCCCAGCCUUCACCAUGUGUCUCACCCAGCAGCAGUGGGGCCCUGGCUGCUGUGACGGUGGCCGAGCUGUGUCCGAGGCUCCAGGCCAUCCACCCUUCUGGCUCCCCGGGUACCUCUCCCACCACGUCUCCGCGCACCAGCAUCACGGAGGAGACGUUCCUCAGCAGCAGAGUGUCAUCACCACGGCCAGGUUCACGCUCGGCUUCGCCCCAGGGCAAGCGCACGUAUGAGCAGUACCAGAACCCCAGUCUGGUGGGCCCACGCUCCCGCAGUCCCUCACCCCAUGCCAGGCGAGAGGAGCAGCCAAAACCCUAUGAACCUCCAGUCAACCUGGAGGAAUUUGUCGACAACUUCAGCAAGGGCAUGACCAAAACCAUUCCCACCAAGAUUGUGCGGCCCAAUCAGGAGUAUUCAUUCUACAACCUGUCAGAGCAUACCAACCUCUCAACUGCUCAGGAUGUGAAGCAGGAGACUGUGAUGGAGCCUUUCUAUUUCACACCAUCCCUCGAGUGGUCCAGUCAGCUGGCCCCAGGAAUGUGCAGCAUGUCGGUGGCAUCCCUGCCUGCCCUGGACUGGGCUCUGCCCAGCAGUGCCAAGCAGUACGAGCUGAGCAUAGAGGUGCAGCCCAGACCACAUCACCGGGCCCAUUACGAGACGGAAGGCAGCCGAGGGCCUGUGAAAGCAGCCUCAGGAGGCCACCCUGUGGUCCAGCUGCACGGUUAUGGAGGGCGAGAGGCGCUUGCCAUGCAGGUCUUCAUCGGUACGGCGGACGAGCGAGCUGUACGGCCGCACGCCUUCUACCAGGUCCAUCGCAUCACGGGCAAGACAGUCACCACCAGCAGCUGUGAGAGGAUAGCAAAUGGGACCAAGGUCCUGGAGUUGCCGCUUGAGCCAAAGGCCAGCAUGCGGGCGGUCGUGGACUGCGCUGGCAUCCUGAAGCUGAAGAACGCAGACAUCGAGCUGCGCAAAGGCGAGACAGACGUGGGCCGCAAGAACACGCGUGUGCGCCUCGUCUUCCGCGUGCACGUGCCUCAGCCCAGCGGCCAGUGGAUCUCUCUGCAGGUCGCAUCCCAGCCCAUAGAGUGCUCUCAGAGGUCUGCCCUUGAGCUCCCCGCCGUGGAGAGGCAGGACGUGGACUGCUGCUCAGUGCUGGGUGGCCUGAGGAUGAUCCUGACUGGACAAAAUUUCACCUCAGAGUCCAGGGUGCUCUUCACCGAGAAAACCCAAGAUGGCUUGGAAGUAUGGGAAGCUGAAGCUAGGGUUGACAGAGAAAAAAGCCAAACUAACAUGUUGUAUUUGGACAUUCCUCCAUACCGAGAUACCAGCAUCUACCACCCAGCCAAAGUCAACUUUUGCGUGUUAAAUGGAAAGAGGAAACGCAGUCAGCCACAGCAUUUCACCUACAUGCCACUUUCAGUGCCACUGAUAAAGGCAGAGCCAGUGGAUGAUUAUCAAUAUGGUCAUCUUGGAGGCACGGUGCCCCAGGUUUUGGGCGUGUCUCCACAGUCCUGUUGCCAUGCUGUGCCGCUUAAUGCCAGCAGCUGUGCCAUGCCUGGCAUGGGAGGCGCGGCCUCUCCGAGGAGCAGUGCACUUAUGUACCCUCCAGCCACAGAGUACCCUCCGGCCCUCUACCAAAGCCACCUGGAGGCCCUUGGCAGCAGCCCUGCUCACUAUGAGCAUGCCCUGGAUCACCCUGAUGCCAGAGGGCAUGCCAGCUCGCCCAGCCACAUGGCUGGCAUGGGCCCGAACCUGGCCU